UCUCCUCCAAGCUUGGAAACUUUGAAAAACAACAUUUAGAGAUAAAUCAAUCAUAUACAAUCACGUCAAAAUGGCUGCUCAGAAGACUGUUUUCAUUGGUAUCAUCGGUGUGGGCGGGGUAGGAAAAUGCUUCCUCUCGCAACUCAAAGGCGUCACCGAGCGCCUGGCCAAGAACCCGCGCAACCCAGCCCUCGCAGUCGUCUUCAUGUCGCGCAGCACGACCAACAUCUACAGCGCCGACUACUCCCCCCUCUCUCUCGACACCAGCGCCGAAACCGUAGCAGCAUCGAAGCAGGACGUCCUCUCCACGGCUAAGUUGAUUGAGUACCUCGCUGCGGCGCCGGGGAAGGCGGUGGUGGUUGAUAACACCAGUGCGCAGGAUGUGGCGGAGCAGUAUCCGGAGUUCCUGGCGAAGGGGGUUAGUGUUGUGACGCCGAAUAAGAAGGCGUUCUCGGGGUCGUAUGCGCUGUGGGAGGCUAUCUUUGGGGCGGCGGCGAAGUCGGGGGCCAAGGUUUAUCAUGAGAGUUCCGUGGGCGCGGGGUUGCCGGUUAUCUCUACGGUGAAGGACUUGGUGGAGACGGGGGAUGAGGUUACCAAGAUCGAGGGCGUGUUUAGCGGGACUAUGUCGUUCUUGUUUAACUCGUUUGCGCCGACGGAGGGGGAGGGCGGGAAGUGGGCUGCUGAGGUUAAGAAGGCUAAGGAGCUUGGGUACACUGAGCCGGAUCCAAGAGAUGACUUAAACGGUCUGGAUGUUGCGAGGAAGCUGACCAUCCUGGCGAGACUUGUGGGGCUGAAGAUCGAGUCCCCCACCUCCUUCCCGGUGCAGAGCUUGAUCCCCAAGGAGCUGGAGAGCUGCUCCAGCGGCGACGAGUUCAUGCAGAGACUACCCGAGUUCGACUCACAGAUGGAAGAGGUGAAGCUGGCUGCCCAGGCGCAAGGAAAGGUCGUCAGAUUCGUGGGGAGUAUCGAUGUGGCUAAGGGCGAGGUCAAGGUCGGGCUAGAGAUGUUCGACAAGUCGCAUCCGAUUGCGGCGCUAAAGGGAAGUGAUAAUAUCAUAAGCUUCUACACGAAGAGAUAUAGUGCCAGCCCUCUUAUUAUCCAGGGCAGUGGCGCGGGAGGCGAGGUAACCGCCAUGGGUGUUGUGGGAGAUCUGCUGAAGGUCGUUGCCCAGCUAUGAUUAUGAUAGACGAAAAGUAGACAGUUAUUCAUUUGCUGGAGGGUUCGGAGACGUCCUCCGACGAUUUUGGCCUUCCUGAAGUCUUUGUAUGCUCUCUGCUCCGCCUUGCUCGUCUUGCCGCCCUGCUUCUGGUGGUAUUGAUAUGACUGGUACCGACAUUCUGAAUUCCCGAGGCUGUCCGCUCGGUCGCUCGCUCAAGCUCGGUGCUCGUGGCCUGGGGCGGUUCUGCGCUCUCCCACCGAUGAAAGGGACCUCAUAUGCGACUAUUCGGAAGAUGUAAACGAAGAAGUCGUAGACUACGAGUAGGAGCCAUGGCCCCAGCACUAGGCCGCCCAGAAUAAGCUGUGAUAAUGUCAGUUGUCGCUCAAGUAGAUAUUCCAGUAGGGACAUGAAUAAAUCCUGACUUACAAAUAAUCGAGUAAUCCAGACCUCUAUGUACUCAAGGUUGCUGGGGAGAAUAGAUGACCACGACAUCGUCUCGAGCUGGCGAUGUGUGCACACGAGCGAUAGUUGUUCCCCCUCAGUGUUCACGGUCGAUCAGAUUCGAAGCCUGGGCUCGAUUAUUAUCGUCUUCUCAGCUGCGAUUCCUCCACAGGAUAUGAGAGCUUGGCGCAGACUUGAUCGGCGGAUGGGAAUGGCGCAGAAAGAAGAUCUAUCACUUUGCGCUGAUCAGCUCUUGCCUGGCGCGGACUGAAAGUUAAAGAGUAACAGCACGACCUUGACGG